GAAAGUGCUGUACUGGAUGAGAAUAUAUUUGGGUGUACUGAUUUUGAAAUGGUAGGUUUUUCCAUAUUUUUUUCUUCCUUCCCUGAAAGAUUCUUUAGGUUACUAGCAGUUAUUGUAAGUUGGAAACUGUUCUUCAUGGUUGUUCAUACAACCACACAUACUCAUCCCCCUGUACAUUCAGAGGGUUGCACAAAAUCCUGUAAUGAUGUUGUACAGUAGUUGUAAGGUUCAAAAUGGUGACUAUGUUGUGGUCUUGCAUCUCUAUGAUUGUGCCCUUUAGUAAUGGACAUUACCGCAUGCUUAUGUAAAAGAGUUUAUUUUGUUUUCCCCGCUUUCAUUCAAAGAAUCACUUGUUUGUACUAGCUGCCUGAUUUUUUUAAUGAUGAUGAUUUUUUAAAAAAAUAUUAUUUUUUUUUCUUUAAGUGGAAGACUUGUGGGGUGAUUGGUUUCCCAAAUAGGCUUUAUUUGAUAUAAGGAAAGGAGACGUGACUAUCUUCACAGAGGUCUUUGUGGUAUCUUUAGAUAGAAGGCUCUAUGCUCUAAAAUGCAUUUAACAAAACUGCAUGGUAGGAUAAGGUACUAAAAUAAAAGCCAAGUGCUAGAUUCUAAUAAACCCUUCAAUACAGAAAAGCCUAAACGUGUAUGGGACUGUUUAACUAAUUGUUAGCUGGCUUGGUAACUUUGCUUAGGCUCCCUUUUAAAGAGGCAAAGCAUUUGUCUUUGCAGGUGAGUUGUAGGCAAUUUUUAACCAAAGCAUUUUAGUUGCUGUCUUUAGCUCUGUGACUGUAUUGGUGUGGAAGGGGGCAUUUCCUUGACUUUGUCACUCAUUUGUGUUAGCACAAAUCCGUUCCUGAUGGAAGAGGAGGAAAAUAGUCUGUCUUCCAUUGAUAGCAAACAACAAUUAGAGCAAUAGUUAAUAACUUGCUUAUUUAUAGACCAGAAUGAGCUGCGCCUCCAUCUAGUUUGGCUUCCUGUGUAUUUAGUCUGUGUGUUUUCCUCUAGACUUCGUAAGGGGAAGUGCUGUGUGGUGUGGGUUUUUGUUUGGUUGUCUUUCCCCUACACCGGCCCUAAAAAAAAAAAAAAAAAGGAAUUUUCUUCUGAAAGCCACAAUGAGUCUGCUAGCUUCCCUGGUGAACUGUUUUCGUCUUUCUGUGCCCUCCAUCACAAGAAAUGGCAUCUGAAUUCAGGGUUAAAUUUCUGUAAUGUCUUUACCCAGCACCAUGAGUGUUUUGGCUGUGUCACGGAGGAUGGAAAGCUGCUCGCUGUCAGAGCUCAUUCCUGUGUACUCCACAUCUGCAUUCUCCAAACUAAGCAAAGUAGGGAUCCGACAUCCUCCACCUCUUCCUUUUGUUGGAAACCUGUUCUUUUUCCGUGAGGGUUUUUGGGAGAACCACACAAAACUCAUAACCGAGUAUGGACCAGUUUGUGGGUACUACAUUGGUCGCCAGAUGUAUGUGGUGGUCUCCGCACCAGAGAUGAUCGAGCAAAUCUUAGUGACAAACUUCAGUAACUUCACCAACAGAAUCAAGCCGAAUUUGGUUUCCAAGCCAAUGCUUGACAGCAUCCUUUGUCUUCGUGAUGACAGAUGGAAGUAUGUCCGGAGCCUCCUGACUCCAGCCUUUAGCGAUACCAAACUGAAAGAGAUGACACCGCUAAUAAACCAGGCCUGUGACGUCCUGCUGUGUAACUUGAAAGUCUAUGCAGAUUCUGGCAAAGCUUUUGAUAUCCAGAGGUGUUACAACUGCUUUACCUUGGAUGUCGUUGGUAGCGUAGCUUUUGGUACUGAGGUGGAUUCUCAGAAGAAUCCCGAUGACCCCUUCGUUAAGAAUUGCAGAACAUUCUUUGAAAUGUCUUUAUUUAAGCCUCUCCUUAUUCUAAUCCUUUCUUUCCCAUUCAUAAUGGUCCCAUUGCUUCGGAUUUUGCCAAACAAGAAACAAAAGGAACUAAAUGGAUUUUUUAUCCAAAGCAUAAAAAAUGCAAUUGUCUUCAGAGACCAGCAAGAUGCAGCUGAGAGGCGCAGAGAUUUUCUUCAGUGGAUGCUUGACUCCCGCAACUCAGCUGACUCUCUGGCAGCUGAGUGUUCUGAUGUGAUCGGUCCACCCGUCACUUCCAGGCAGAACAAGGCACCUCUUGCUGGCAGGACACCAUCUGAAAAGGUUCAGAAGAUGUUAACGGAGGAUGAGAUAGCAGGCCAAGCUUUCUUGUUCCUGAUCGCUGGGUAUGAGACCACCACUAGCACACUGUCCUUUGCCACGUACUUGCUAGCCACCAACCCAGAGUGCCAGGAGAAGGUGCUUCGGGAGGUUGAUGCGUUCUCAGCAAAACACAUGGUCCCUGAUUACCAAAAUGUACAAGAGCUCUCUUAUCUGGACAUGGUGAUUGCAGAGACAUUGCGCAUGUACCCACCUGCAUUCAGGUUCACUCGGGAAGCAGCUAAAGACUGCAUAGUGCUGGGACAGCAUAUUCCAGCUGGGGCUGUCAUUGAAACUGCAGUUGGACAUCUCCACCACAACCCUGAGCUCUGGCCAGAGCCUGAGAAGUUUAUUCCUGAGAGGUUUACAGAGGAGGCCAAGAAGGAACGACAUCCCUUUGCAUACCUGCCCUUUGGGGCAGGACCCCGUGGCUGCAUUGGCAUGAAGAUGGGUUUGCUGGAAACAAAGAUGACUCUGCUGAGGAUUUUGCAGAAGUUUCGAUUUAAGACCUGCCCAGAGACGGAGAUUCCUUUGCAGCUGAAAUCAAAAGCCACACUUGGACCAAAAAAUGGAGUCUAUAUUAUGCUAGAAUCUCGCUAAAAGAAAAUGUACAUCCUGAAACCUCCUGAGAUGGGACCCCUUCUUCAAUGACUCACUUGGUAUAAUAUUUUUCAAAACCCCAAAGACAGGUAGGAGCCUAAGUCCCACUGGUGGUAAGCAGGUGCUGCCUCACCUCCUGUGGGAGAUCCUCCAGUCACUUCUUAAAAUGAGAUGUGUGCUCCGCAGUCAUUUGGUGGUUUUGAUGUUGCUGUGAAUAAUAUUUGUAAAGAAGCGUCCUGCUUUCACUUGCUUUUCUACAUUGCAUUUGCUUACACUCAUCUUUGAGAAUGCUUUUUCAUGUUUAUGUUCAAUGAAUGGAGCAGAUGUUAAGUGUACACUAAAUUCACAGUAGAUUUUGAUUACAAUUCAUUAUCUUAUUCAUCCUUCUCAUGCUUCUAAGUCCCUACUCUAGAAAAAGCCCAGGAGGCACCACAGCUACAGCAGAAGACCUGUGAUCCAGUAUUAGUAUGUUGGGUUUUAUCCUGAACUCUGCUAAAAAUCAAAGCAGAGACUCCUGCACAAUGCUUAAUCUAUCCCAGUGUCUUUCUCAAAGUGGAAGGAACUGCACCUUCUUCAGGCUUUUGAAGUUAUUUGAAAUACACUUAGAUUAACAAUUUCACUUGGCACAUUGCAUUGACUUGACUGAAGAGGAAUGAAGAGUUCCCCUGUUUACUAGCUAAGUUCCAGUAGCUAAGACCAAAGAAAUGAGGUGGCAUCCGUUUUGCUGGUUACUGACCUGUUUUGGAAAGGUGGAGGAAAAGAAGAUAUACAAAUUCAGUGAAAGCAGGAAGACUGGAGGAAAUUUAAGGGUAUUCAGAAGGUGUUACUACAACAUCUGCUUCACUGCUCUGAGGCCUUUCCUUUCCAUGUGUUGCAGCUGACACUAUCCUUGUUCGGCUCAUUGACUCACAGAAGUUAAGAGCACUGCAUGCACCAAAGCCAAUGGCAAUGACCAAAAUCAUCAGUCCCAGCAGCUCUCUUGAUUUCUUUUGUGUCCUCAGAACAGGUCAUAUCCCAAGUGCCUCACUCUGCUCAGGAGAAAACUUGUCUGGUUGCCCACUGCAGCAGCACCAUGGGUCCAUUCAAGCUGUAUGGCUGCAUACAUCCGUCUUCACAGCCAAAGCAGCAGUACACUCCCAUGCUUCACAUUCCCUCCAUGCUCUUUCCUACUGUUCUACAAAGCCCUUUAAUCACCACACAGCUAGUGGACCAUCACACAACAGUGACUGACCUGAAAAAAGAACCAACCAACACAUUUCCUUCAGUGGGUACCACAAACUGGUUGGCUGUACAACAAAACUGUGAGAGGAGAUGAUAGUCUCAGGGUCCUUUGAUUUUUUUUUUAUUAUUUUUUCUUUAUAAAUUGCAAAAAUUCUUGUGGCAUCAUAAGAAUAAGGAAGCACCUUUCAGUUCUUUGCAGAUGUGGUCUGCUGACAUACUCUGAGGUUUCCUUAGGUACAGCAUUUCUCUUGGUGACAUUAUGCACGGAGAAGUAUUACAGCAGGAGGAGGAAGACACUGACUGCUCAGCGUCACUGCAAGGAUUGCUGGAAGGAGCCAUCUGCUCACUGAUACCCAGCUAGUUCCCUAGUUUCUCUCCAGCAAGCACCUUUUGCUGCUUUCUUCCCACAUCCUGACUGAACACUGAUCAAUUUAUUUUAUCUCGCUCCUGGAAGAUUUUGUCUUUUUCAUGGGAUUUUUUUUUUAACAGAACCGAACAGGUAGGAGCGGUGAAGUACUGACCUGGCAGUCUUGGAAUUGUUCCUGUUUCCUUGGAGCAUCGCUGGCACGCUACUAAGUGCCCUGUUACAGACACACAUUAUAUGAAUUACCGAUGGAGUGAUUGUUAUUUGAAAAGCAAUAUACUAUAUAUACUCUAAUUUCUACACAUUAUUCAUCAUUUUCCCCUCAUGAAAAUAGUAUGCUGGCAGCUGAUUUACUGUAGAGCUUAUAUAUAAACUAGCAAAAAGUUGGAUAGGCCUUACCUAAAAAUGUCCUACCUACCUGAACAAGCAGGAAGCUCAUUCUAGUCUGAACACGGCUGUCAAACACUUGUUUGUUUCUUCAAUUUUUAAAAAAUCUUUUUCUUCUUUAAAUGACUUAACAGGACAUUGCAUGCUUCAUUUUUGAACAAAUGCUCCAAACCUAAAUCAAGCUUAUGUCUUUCUCCAAUACACUUUUGUAUUGACUGUUCAUCUGAAUGCUGUUUGUACCCUCACUAAAGUGUAGAGCAGUUGAACAACUCAUAUUUUUGUGCCUGAACAGAGCACUAUCAUCUUGAAUCCUGCUGACUCCACUGGAAAAAAACCAAACAAUACCGCACUGGCUGCAACUGUCCAUCACAUUUUACAGGCCUGGAAACUGCACCUAGAGUCUUUCCCAGCCACUUCAGAGUUGAACAGACAGUAUGUGCAAGUAAGCUCACUUGAGUCUGAGCUAAGGUUUUCUCAAGUGUCCUGCAAAUUUUUCUGGUUAGGAAGCAUUACCUAUUUUCACCUGUCAGUUUGCAGUGGUAUGGAAUAGAGGAAAUAUUUUUGCAAGUGUGGGCCAAGCCAGAUUCCUGGAAGCACAUCAUCCUGUGUUCUACGGGCAGACCUAGAGAGACAGCUAGAGAAUUAAGAAAGACAGAGAAAAGGCUGCCAACUUUCCAGUACUAAAGGAAGAGCCCCAAGCCAUUUCUUCUUUUUAAACAACAGCUGCUGAUACAGUCACCAGACACCGCACAUUUUACCAGGGUAUUUAACGAUGCUGGGCCUCACCCCAGCUGUGUGGCCUCAGCAACAUACCUAAAGAGUGAGCUGUAUUGAGGGACCCGUGCUGCUCUAGCCCCCUGGAAGGACACAUUUGCAAAAAAUGAGACACAGGACUGACAGCAGCUCUGCAAAACACAAACUGGUAAUAUCCUAUUAAUCACAGUGUGUCUGUGCACCCAUAUAACAUGGUUUCAAACUGAUCCUGAACAGUUGGCUCUAGUAUUCCUUUAAAAAGAAAACAUGCAACAUGAAAACAUAACUUAAUAUCCUUAACUAACAGUGACUGUUAGCAUUUAUGGUACAGCAUGCUUCACUCAACAGUAGUUGAUACUAGGGAGGAACAAGGAAGCUGAUUUUAAAUAAUUUCUCUCCUCAGAAACAGUAAGUGUGUUGUCUUGCGUUGCUGAGCUGCGGGUUUGUUUAAAACCAGGUAUGUCUGUUUUACAAAAGGGUCUCAGUUCUUCUCUGACAGCUGAUACAAAGCAAAUGAUGCUUGAUAAAGGAAAGCUUCUAUUAAAAACAUCUUCUGGGACUUUGCAAUGAUUACAGAAAGCUGUCAGUAUAAAGUGGUGUUUUUAAAUGAGAGUGCUGAGACAGAAAACAUUUACAGUUUUGUACUUUAUAAAUAGCAUUCCUGGAAAAUCAGAGCUGGGUUUUAAAAAUGGUUCUGCUUGCAUGAUUGUAAAUUUGAUCUAUUCUUACCUGGCAAUAAAUUGCAGAUUUUCCUUUGUGUGUGAUACUUUCUGAAAUGACCACCUUCUUAUUUCCCUUUGUUAAAUCAUCUUUCCAUCUUGAAUCAGCUUCACCUAAUAUCAGACACUUCUGUGCAUUCACAGUAAUAAAUAUGCUAAAAGAAUUAAAA